GGUUGAUGGAGGGAUAAGGGAGGGGGUUGAUGGGGGGGGGGAGAGGAGUUUUGCCAACCAAUCGGCGGCGCCGUCUCUGGCGCCAUAUCGCGCGAGUCAGGCGAGGCGAAGGCUUCUCGCAGCGACACCACGGCAACAAGCCAUGGCGGCGGCGGCGUCGGAAGAGGAGCUGCCACCUGCGGUGGACGUGGACCCGCGCGGAGACUUCACGGGCUGGCUGGGCGCGCAGGGCGUCAAGCCCGGCCUGGCGCGCACCCUCGCCACGGACCUGGGAAUCGCCGACUACGACUGCCUGCUGGCGUGCACCGAGGACGCCGAGGUGCGCUCCGAGCUGCUCGCCGUGGCCAAGGAGCGCCUGCCCUUCGCGCACUACGCCAUCUUCCGCCGCGUCGUCAACGGAGUGCCACCGCGGCGCCAGCCGCACCCGGCCGCGAGGGGCGCUAGCGCAACGAGCGAGGCGGAUAUCCGGCGCACGCUGGGCACGGUGCAGCAGCUGACGGAGCUGGUUCUGUCCGUGCAGAGGCUCACCUCCCCCGAGGCCUUCCUCAACUCGCUGAGCGCCAGCACGCACGGCCGCGCCAGCAGCAAGCGCAAGGCCGGCUCCAGCACAGGCACGGCGACCGUGAUGAUGCGGCGGCGGUGCGCGCAACAGUCGGCAGCUCGCGCCUCCCGUUAUCCAGUGUCAGGCGGAGCGAGCGAGCGCUACGAGGAUGAGGAGCUGCCCUCGGUCGUCAUCAACCACCAGGGCAUCGCCGUGUACGAGCGCGGCGGCGACGCCGGGGCCGGCGCCGGGGCCGGCGGCCAGGUCAACAACGACGACGGCGAGGACGACGAGAACGAGGAGGAGGAGGAGGACGACGAGGAGGAGGACGAGGAGGAGGAGGAGGAGGAGGACGACGACAUUGCCAACCGCGCCGCCUACGACGCGUACCCGCAGCAGCCGCCCCUCGCCCCCCUGGAGAACACCAACGGGCAGGAGCAGCUGGCGCACAAGCGGCGCAAGCACUGAGCUCCGCCGCUCCGCCGCUCCGCCGUCAGCCCGCCGCCGGCCUCGUCGGCUCUGCACGGUCGCGCUAUCUCAGGGUUCCACGUUAAACUCCCCAGCCCCCCACUCGCGCCCGCCCCCGCCUGGCCCUCUGCCACGCGUUGGCCGGGUCGUGCGCCGCGUGCCGUCGUCCAGCAGGAUGUCCGGAACCGAAGUUCCCGAAGAAAGAUCCCCCUCCCUCCUCCUCCUCCCCUCCCUCCCCUCCCUCCCCUCCCCCGGCCACGGGAAGGGGGGAAUGUGGGAGGCACCACCCGGAAGAAGGCUUCGGAGCGAGACGGAGAGAGAGAGAGCCACGUGACGGCACGCUCGUUAAUCCCCCCGUGGUGGCAGCCGUGUUGAAUCUCUCUCCGGCGUGAGCCCUCUGGGCCUUGACACCCCACCCCACUCCACCGAGCCCACGUUUGACCAUUUUUUUUGUAUCUCUUUUACUCCACCCACCCAUCCCCGGGCGUGUGUGUGCGUGUGUGUGUGCGUGUGUGCGUGCGUGCGUGUGUGCGUGUGUGUGUGUGUGUGUGCGUGUGUGUGUGUGUGUGCGUGUGUGCGCGCACCAUUCACCGGAUUGAUUUUACCACUGCGGCAGGGGGGUGAGCGGGGGUUGGUGGAGGACUGGAGCUGACGAGGUGGGGCGGUUUUUUAGACAGUCGGUCGUCGGCCGGCGGAUCACCGGCAAAUUCGAUUAUUGUCGUGCGGCCGUCUGUACGAGGCGGUGGCGUAGAGCGAUGGGAGUGGGGGGGGUGGGUUCAUGUCCUGCCGAACAAAAUCCGGGGGGUUUUGUGGAAUUUCGUGUGGUGGUGAGAGAAACCUGCACGGUGUAGCGCGCGGGCUGUGUGUCCGGCUUGUAGCUUUGUUUCACCCGCACUUCCCGAUUUGCCCUUCCUCCUCCCCCCCCUCCCCCCCCGCACACCCGCACCCCCCCGAUUGGCACGGCUUUUGGCCACGUUGCGGUGCGUCGGGCCCACCGCUUGCAAACGGCACGCAGAUAAUCCGCCACCGAAGGCCGUCUUGCACUCGGUGGCUUUCGAGUGCAGAAUCGCCUUGACCCGGUUGCUGCGGACGUUCGCGCCGCGCCUCGGUCACUCGUGCGUCGCUCCCGGGGGCCCCUUGCAGCGACGCACGAGUGACCCGGUUACACUCCUCGCGCCUUUGCUGCUGCUGGAGGCAUUUAAAAAGUCGCAAAACGACCCUCGGGGGGGGGGGGGGGGGGGUACGGAAGAGAUUCUUCCCCCUCUUGUAAACCGAUUGGAAGUCGCCAUUCCCACAGUCGUCCACCAGCACCACCCCCCCCCCCACCCCCCCAAAAAUGACAUUCGCAGCCAGCGUUUGGGCGCAAUAAAAAUAAAAUAAAACGAUUAUUCACGAAUAUAAAACGGCGGCGGAACUGUCUCCGGGGGGCGGCAGUGACGACUGCCAGCGGUCGCCAUUGAGCAGCCCUGGUUGGCACCGCGUCCUUGCAGGGCUGGCACGGCGUCGCCCCGGUUCGCUCGCGAGCACUGCGGCAUUGUGGGAGCCGGUGAGCAUGCUUUGGCGCUCCAACCCCCCCCCUUCCCUACCCCCUCCACCGCACCCCCUCCACCGCACCCCCUCGCCCCCCACCGCUCCACCGGUUCACUGCUCCCGCUUCCAACGCGUCGUGCGUGCGCGAGUCGAUUUGGCCGGGUGACGUCGCUGUAAACGUCAUUUGGGAUAUUUUUUUUUGUCCUACGCUUUAUAAUUGCCGUAGGUCUGGGGGUGGUGGGAGGGUGGUGGGGGGGGGGUCUGCUUGGAUAGGAAUUAAACUUUGCUCAUGAAUUGUCCCGUGACCGCUGCCCUCCUGGCCUGUGUAUCCGCAAGUUCGUUUCGAAGACGAGGAGCACGUUGGAAAGCGUUGCGUGACCCACACUCGUUUGUUGCAUGAUCUUCGCCCGACUGGUUUUAAAAUUUAACGUGAUCCGCUCCGAAGUCGGGAGGGGGGUGGGGGGUGGGGUGGACGGGGGUGGUCCUGUUAUCGUGAACAAAAAAAAACGCGUCGUUGAUCUACCAAGAAAAGCCUCCCCGGGUCUCGCAUUCUCUCUUGUUAUUAGGGUCCCGCUGCAUCGCGUUGCUUUGGCAAAUCCCGCUAAGCGAGCGCGUGACUGCACGCUGUCCAAACGCAGCCGGGCAGGGAGAGGGGAGCAGAGGGGCGAGUGGGAGGGGAGGGGGGCGGUGGACUCGCAGCAUCCCAUCCCAUGGAAGCAUCUGGCGCCGUUCGUUUAGGACGCGGUAGUCGGGGUGGGGGGCGGAGGGGCGACACUGCUUCGAGCUGCCGCGUGCCGCUAAUUGCGGCUCGCCCCACCCAACCCAAGCGUGUUGCUUCCAGCGAUUUGCGCGUUUCUCCAGAGCGGCUCCUUCAACAACCCCCCCCACGCCACCCCCAACAAACGCCCCUCGGCGCCCGCAGCCGAGUGAUGCAAGCCCUCGUCGUGCCGGCGAGCGGGUCCAACUGAGACGUCGGCUGGACCCGGGGUGGCUCGGGUUCCAACGUAGUUCCGAUUGCAGCAGCAUCGUCUGCUCAAACCACACAAUUUUUCCUCGCCGCGACCCAAUCGCGUUGCAAUUACGUCACCGUCGUCACGAUCGCGCGAUUUCGUUAGCAAUUGGCCACCCACACCACAUCCCCCACCCCCACCGGCUCUGCCGCUCGGUAUAAGUUCCCACAUUCCUCUGUGUUUGUCACCCAGAUCUCAGCUAGCGCGGCGGUGUGUUUAUAUCACCCAGGUUGGAGUUACCCGCGGCGUAUCGGCUCGCGUGUUGAGGACGAUGCGUUGUGGUCUCACGGCCUUUUGGUGUAUCCAACGCAGAUUUGGCGAAUGCCAUCGGUCCGGCGCCGAUUUGCGUCCAAGAAAUGGGAAAGGGUCAAACGGAAUGAGCUCCGGUAUGGGCGGCGUCCCCCCAAGACGCCUUGGCCACCCGCAGGAGUGAGAGCCUCUCAACCCCACGCCUCGCUUGGUCGUCGUCAAUUCUUUUACGCUUGGCAAAAUAUCUUCAUCGGGUCACUAAACCGUGAAAGGUUACAACUUUUCUGCACUCUUGAGUGUGGAUUUCCAACAACAACAAUAAUAAUAAACAGCCCCUUGUCAUACCCUUUGAGUCUUUCUGGUUAAAUCGUCACCUAGGUAGAAAAAUAUUAGAUCGCGACGUUUCGGUCGCAACGCAAGCGUCCGUCAUCAGGUGACAAAUGGUGAGAUGGCUGCUCCAAGCAAGGGAUUAUUUAAGUAAAUGUAAGGCGAGCAAACAGAAGGCUAGCAAGCGUCGGCUAAUCCGAGGGGAGGGGGCCGGGGUGGGAUGGGAGGGGCUGCAAUUUAUUAUUUUUCUACCCACGUGACUUAACCAGAGACCCAAAGGGUAUGGAUUCCUGCGGUCACGAAAGCUUCAAAUCAAGAUAGCGCCCUUGUCAAUUCGCUGCUGGGUGAAGGGUCUCCCCACGUGGGUCGCCCAGGGAAGGUUUUGCUGGACCAUACUUGUUCGCCGGUGCUUUUUAAAACGAAAAUGGGCGUACGAAUAUUGUUCCAGUUCACGCACCGAUUGGGUCACGGGCGACCGGGCCCGCGGGAGCCGUUCGCCCGUUGCCAAGUUUGUUGUUGUUUGUUGCUGCUGCUGUUGCCGUACGCGAGAGGCGGUGUUUGCGGCGUUCGCCUUCCGCCUCUCGCGUGGGAAAUGGCCUUCUCGAGAGAUCAGAGUCUGGAGGCGGGGGGGUGGUGGUGGUGAGGCAUCCGUCCGCUUGCCGGUUACUACCGGAGGUGGCGUCGCUUUCGUGGUUCCAGAAUCAAUGGGGUGGCCAACAAGAGUAACGCGUGGUAGGGCUUUAGCGACCAAUGUUAUCCGUAAUAGAGGGUUUUAUUUGCGUUAGAUCGCGGAAAUACAAGUACGUCGUUAAACCCGCCACCGCCCGACACGGCCAAUCGGUAAGGUUUGUCACGUGAACAGAGCUCGCCAAUUGGCCACGAAUACAGCGACGCACGGGCUGUGUGUUGGAGAGUAAACCCACUGCAACAUUUGCAGUCCCGAGUACCGUGACCUUUUUUUUGUGUGUGCCAGUAAUCACAACUAACGAAUCGCAACCAACCGUUUGCAACUGACUUUUGCAGUACGCUCGCGGUGACCGUCAAGAAGUGAGCGGGGCUGCCGAGGUUAGCGGUCGCGAGCAAGUCGGCACGGCCCAAUUUUCGCCUCGCCUAUGCGCGGGCACCCGUUCCAGCUCCGGCCCCCGUCCGCUGGGCCCGCGGACCGAGGAUCGGCGUGGGCGCGUGGUCGGGGCAUUGUGACUGGGGAGGUGGGGGGGGGGGGGGGGUCAUCGUUGUUUUCGUGUACGCGAUCGGCGUUGUCGGAGUGCGGGCCGCGUCGUGUUUUAGCCGUCGCGCUCCCAUUGCGCGGGGCGCGUCUGUGUAGCGCCGGUUUAUUUUUUGUCACAUUUUUUUUUGGGGGGGGGGGCCCGGGGGGGUGGGGCCCCCGUUGCACCGUUCGCCAGAACCGUUGUUCGCGUCGCCUCCGCCGAUACGGGCCCAUCGGAUUGCGUGGAUUGAGAGCCGGCUGUUGCCGUGCGUCGUGGUGGCCGUCGUCUGCUGAAGCCACGGCCGAUGCCGUCGGGACGAUCUCGGGCAACCUAAAGCCGGAUGUCGAAGGGGCCUGGGGUCGCGCUCGGGAUAAUAGGAGGGCACCGAAGUCUGCUGCUGGUGGUGGUGGGGGGUGGUGGUGGGGGGGGCUACGUCGUUGUGGGCAUUGCAGCCAAAUAAUUUGUUGUGCCCGCACCUCCGUUCGCGCGCACCCACGCCUGCCUUGCUUUGAGAGGGCCGACUCGAAAGGGCUGCGCCCGUGUCCACGCGUUGUGAUGGCCUUGAGGUGGGGUGCGGAGGAGUCCCUUUGGCCGCAGCGACGCCGUGGACGUGUGUUGAAGUUCUUUCGCUCCGCCGUACGUAGCGCACCGCGCUCAUCGCGGUCUGCGGCGGGGAGGACAGCGAACUGGACACGCAGAGCUCCGCGUGUUUUUUUUCAGUCUGGACGUCAAAGUGCAUAGCCUACCAGUGGCUUCAUGAUAUCGGACGGAAGGGCGUUCCAGACGGCCGCACCAUCAACGUCACCACCCCCCUCCCCCCCUGCGUCCUCAUCAUGCAGCUACCACCUCAACACGUAUGUAAGUUGAACGUCUGUCGCACCGUACGUAACCAGCGGUGCUCAUCGGAGGUUGCGGGCGAAGGACAACGAGCUAAACAGCAACAACAAUAACAAAACAGUUGUAAAGCAAAUGAGUUUGUCAAUCAACGACGGUGCGAUUAGUCUUGACACCAGUGCAGUGGUCGGCGCCGCGACGGGUCGGCGUUCUCGGUCUUAAAAGCGCGUCCGCAAAUAUUUGGCGAUGACCGGUUCGCGCGUGUACACCGUCGGCAAAUAAAAGACGCCUCCUUUUUAAUCACU